UAUCUCAGCAGUAAAUUUAAAGUUCACAUCAAGUGAUUCACAUUUUUUUCACUUUUUUUGCAACAUUAAAGUAUGAAAAACAUAAUAAUUGGAUCAUAAUCAAAAUAAUACCUAUAAUCAAAAGAAUAAGAGAGAGAGAGGGAGAGAGAAAGUAAGUGAAAGAGAAAGCAAGCCCAAAUACUUGGUUGUCAUGUGUGAAAUUCCUUGAUUAGUGUGCUCGAUAUUCGUGACGUGACACGGGUUCGAAAAUCGUGCGUGAAAUAGUAAAAUAGUGCCGUGAUCGGGGAUCUCGAGGGGCGAUUUGCAGCCGUACUUCCUUCUCUUUUGCUUUGGGAAAACUUUUCCUGGGCCGGAAUUCUUCGAAUUUACGUUUGCUCAAUGUCAAAUCGAGCGUUCGACUUUCUGGGAUAAUCACCGCAUAUUGAUCGUGUAUUUAGGUCGCAAUCGACCAUGCGAUUUGGGGAAUUUCCAAACGAAAGCACGGCGUAAACAAUCCGAUCGCCGGCGGCGGACGACGCUGUGGCCCCCACGCAUGCAGCCAGUGGCGCCGCGGGGGCCCGCUGCACAUUGUGGUGGUGCACAGUGGUUCUGGUUGCGAUCAGCCUGACGACGCUCCUCCGGCCGGGCUCAGUUUCAGCCUCAGCCCUCGCGGUGCCAAUGCCGGGAUCGGGGACUCCCCGUCCUCACAUCUUGCAGCAGGAUCAGCAUUCGCUACCAUGGUCCUCGGUUAUUGGGAAACUAAAUCGCUUUAAACCGGGAGAGCAGCUAUCCAAAAGCGGUGCCAAGUGUCUGAAAUGCCAGACAAGCGUUUCGAUACCAAAUUCAAUAUCGAAUGCAACUGGAAGCGGCGGCGAAAGUGAAAGUGCAAAUGCAAGUGCCAGUCGUGUAUAUAGUGGUAGUGCAAUUUUGUGCAGUGUAAAUAGUGCAAAUAAUACGCGUAAGUUAAAUUUAAUUCUGAGCAAGUCGCAGCAUCAGCAGCAGCAGCGAGGGGAGCAACUCGCUGUUGGCACAAAUUUGCAAAAUAAAUUACCAGCAUCGAGUGCGGAUUGCCACUUAAGUCCAAGUGCCGAGACAAAUAUUCGUGCAACCACAAGUCCACCGCGAUCCCCGCCCCCCUGUCCGCCGUGUCCAUAUAGUCAUCUUCGUCGUCAUCGGCAUCGUCAUAGCCAGCAUCAUCAUCAUCAUUAUCCCCAUCGUGGUUGUCGUUGCCGUUGUCGUUGUCGUUGUCGCGACGUGUUGCAGUCCGCAUCCGCAUCGCCCGCGUCUAUGCUCUUGCCAUAUCAAAUUAAUCAACGUGCUACAUUGUUGCAGCAAUCUGCAGCAGCAACAGCAGCAGCAGCAACAGCAACAUCAACUACACAUGUGCCCGGGGCAACAACAACAUCUCUGCGUGCCGUGGUGCCUCGUAUUUAUAAACGCAAACGUGAUACGGUCCAAACAGCGACCACUGCAUCACCUUUGACCCCUCAGCAACAACAUCCAACAGUCGCUGCUGCAACAUCGGCCACAUUCAACACAACAACCACGCGAAGAUCGCGACUCGAGUUCAUACUUUACACGGAGGUUUACGAAGUAGAGGAGGAUUCGAUAUCCCCCGGCGAUACCCAUUCAAAAGCAUCGAACGUAGGCAGCAGCGAGUCCUUCUUGCAGAAAUACGGUGAGUAG